AUGACUCCUCCCGCUUCACCGACCAAUAAUCUACCAUCAUCGACCACUGGUAGUAUUAAUAAUGACGAUGACAGCGACAACGAUAAUGAUCUACCAAAAGCAAACAGAUUGACCAAGUUGUUCAUUCUCCCUUCUCCAAAUCAUUCACCGCCGAGAAAUAAUACAUCGACGACAAUGGCUACUUCAAAAAUGUCGGUAUCACCAAAUUUAUCGAAUUCGAAGGAUAAGAAGAUUUCUGCUACAACGUUUACCGCUAUCUCAACACCAGUCGAUAACAGUAGCUCCGAUCCAUGGGAUACCCGACGACACGUUUAA